CGUUCCAGCAAACGCCCACUGUUUCUCGCUAGUCCCGGCAGCCGGACGACAGACGUUUUAUGCCGCUAUCCGUCCACCCUACGUCUGCAACAAGCUACGUGGCUGUAUCCAGUUCAAGCGUUGACGCGGACACCUCACACACACAACUACUCCCGUCUUCAUUGCACAGCGCACCACGCCCCCGUAGCAGGACAGAAGUUAAAUCUCCCCCUUCACCGUAUGUAGUUGCACUGUGUUCCUGUGCCGCGCUUGGCGGGUUCCUUUCCGGCUAUGAUGCAGGGAUAAUCAGCGGAGCAACGCUAUUCAUAUCGGAUGCAUUCCAAUUGACUCAUUUUGAAAUCGAAAUUAUCGUCAGCGGCGUCAUUGCCGGUGCAGUGAUAGGGGCGCUUUUCGCUGGGAUUUUGACCGACAAAUGGGGCCGCAAGCCUGUCAUACUAGCAGCGGCUGUUGUCUUUGUUUUGGGGGCAGCCAUGAUGGGACUUGCCCAAAGUUUCGGUAUGUUACUCCUGGGACGGCUCGUAGCAGGAGUUGGCGUAGGGCUGUCGGGCGGUGUGGUUCCUGUCUACGUUUCGGAAAUUGCUCCCGCAGAUAUUCGUGGAGCCCUAGUGAGCCUGAACGUCUUCUUCAUCACACUUGGGCAGCUUGUGAGUUAUUUGACCGCGUAUUCGCUCAGCCGUCCUCCAACAAAUGAGAAUAAUUGGAGAUGGAUGUUUGGGCUUGCUGCCUUGCCCGCGAUUGUCCAAAUGGCUGGAAUAGCAUACUUACCCGAAAGUCCACGAUACCUGGUGCAAACGGGGCGUAGCAAAGAGGCCUUGGACGUCCUAAUGCUCGUGAGGCAAUCGUCAUGCACCCGAGAGGAGCUGGAGGAUGAAGUAGAUGCGAUACAGCAGAGCUUGAAUAGAGCAGUUGAUACAGUCAAAUGGCAAGAUUUAUUUCUUGUGGACGGUUACAGAAGGGCAAUGAUUGUUGCCAUUGGCCUUCAAGCUUUGCAACAAUUAUCAGGGAUAAACACCAUCAUGUAUUAUAGCGCUACCAUUCUGACGAUGGCAGGAUUCCCUACUAAGGAGAGUGCUAUUCUCUUUUCGAGCUUCAUUGCUCUCGCCAAUUGCCUCGCAACAGUGUUGUCUAUGCAACUCAUCGACCGGACAGGACGGCGACCAUUACUGCUGAGAACUCUGAUCGGAGCAAUAGUUGGGCUGGUAAUUCUCUCUGUAUCAUUUCGAACGCCUUCCGGGAAUGACGAGGAACACUUGCGAAAUUCGGAUGGUGCGGUCUCAUGGGGGAGCUGGAUAUCGCUCAGCAGUUUAGUGUUUUAUGUUGCAUUCUAUGCAACGGGGUUAGGAUGUGUACCAUGGACCGUCAUGUCCGAAAUUCUUCCCCAGCAAAUACGCGGAAAGGGGUCGGGUAUUGCCAUUGCCUUCAAUUGGCUCUGCAAUUUUAUCGUAUCGAUGACAUUCCUGAGCCUAACAAACAUCAUUUCCCCUGGAGGUACCUUCAUGCUCUAUGCUCUGAUUGUAUGUGCCGGAUGGAUAUUUGUGUACAUGCGCGUUCCCGAGACAAAAGGGAGGAGCUUAGAGUAUAUUGAAGCGACAACUGCGACAUGAUCAGCUUGUCCUCCCCAGCGCAGCGAGCGUAGGUAGACUGCAAUGUCUAAGGACAGCUGCGCGCCCAAGCAUGUUACAUUCAAAAAAAGUCAGAAGACGGAAGCGUCUUCUUUCGGACCAAAUCUAUUAUGCUACCCGCUCCGAUUCACCACAACACGGCGACUAUUGUUUUCGCUUAUGCAGCUACAUGAUUUAACGUGUGGAAGAUGUUAGUUGUCGAUAGGUGGAAAUCUGUUGAGAUGCACAGUGCUAUUUUAGCUAGUUUAAUAGAGAGAGUUAUUUCAUUUUUGCAGUCAGAUCGGCAUAUUUGGUGCAGCUCGCCGUGGAGAAGCGGGACAGGCUGUAUCGGCGGAAAUUGGCGUUACUAGAAGGCGUAAACAAAAGAUGGCGAAAUGCGUCUAAACUGUGAAUAUACUGGAGACAAAAGCUAUCGAUGUAG